AUGGCCUGUCAAGGCAACACCACGUCUUCUCGCCCGAGUCAGCAGCUCCAGCUGCUUCCGAGCCGAACACCAGUCACCGAGCAGCCACCGAACAACGCAUCGGACAUGCACGAGAUACAAUUGCGGCACAAGCUGGCCGCCCCGACCUUCAAGCUCCUCUGCGGGAUCCCGAGCUCCCCAGAUCGAAGAGAGGUGCUUCACAGGGCCUGUCUGGCAGCCGAGUUCCGCUCCUUUCCCAUGAAGCAGGCUGAAAGGGGCUUUUUCCGCCAUGUCAACGACCACUCACCCGUCCCGUAUCCCGUCCGCGAGACCGUCUCGGAGCCAUGGCACAAGGUCUUCCUGCUUGUCCAGAUCGACUUGCACGGAGCAGGCUGGCCGAACAAGGUAUCCGCCGACGCGCGGAAGAACCUUCACCAAGAGAGAGGCCGAAUCUACGUCCUUCUCGACCAUGUCCUCAGAUGCCUGGUCGACAUCCUCGGCCGCGGACGGGACGGUCGGGGCGUCAACGUUGCUCUCGAUGUCUUGCGCAGCGUCAAAGCCGGGGUUUGGGAGGGAAGCUGCAACGAGUUGCUGCAGGUCCAAGGAAUAGGCCUUGCCAAGAUGGGCAGGUUGGCUCAGGCCGGUAUCAAGAGCGUCAAGCAGCUUUCGAGACUCGACUUCUUCCAUAUCGAGCGCCUGCUGAGUCGUAAUCCCCCUUUCGGGCAUCAACUGCUGCAUCAGAUUGCCGGCUUUCCGCUCCUGACUUUGCAAUUUGAUAUUGUUGGCCAGCAUCUCGCGUCCUCGACGUCGGGCCCGAGUGGGUCAAACGCGGCCCAAAAAGAGUCGCUGUUGAUCGCCCGAAUUGUUUUGGGCCAUGAGAAUGAGGACAAGCCGUUGUGGAGGAAGAAACACCCCUGGACUACGCUGGUGAUAGAGGGCGAGGGAGGAAAGCUCCUUUGGUUCUGGCGAGGCAGCGUCAAGAGACUGGCAGGCGGCAAAGAAUUGGUCGUUGGCCUGGACGCUACAAGAGGCGAGCAGCUCAAGGUGACCUUUGCAUGCGAGGAAGUCGUGGGGACAAUCAUUAGGAGCACUCACCUAGUCUCAGAGGAUAGCUUUGCGAUGAAAUGA